AUGGCGUUUCUCUUUAAACGCAACCCCAAGACUCCCGGCGAGCUCGUACGAGCUUUUAAUGAUCUGGUGGCCAAGCUCGACGAUAAAAAGGGCACGGGACCGGAGGAGUGUGGCCGUUAUCUCAAACAGAUCAAGGUGAUCUUCUACGGUGAUGACGACACCGAGGUGGUUCCCGACCAGGCCCAGGCUUUGGGAGACGAACUCCAGCACCACGACCUGUUAUAUUUGCUUGCCACCAACUUACGUAAGCUUGAGUUUGAUUCGAGACAAGAUACGGCGAUGGUAUUUGCGGCGAUGAUGCGACGAGGACCGGCGACCACGUUCCCCAAACGGGCGGAAAUCAAAGUCACCGGUGACUAUAUGGUUAACCAGCGACCAGAGAUCCUCCAGGCUCUCAUUAACAGUUGUGACGACAGCGACGUGGGGCUUCUAGCGGGCCUGAUUCUCCGCGAGUGCUGCAAAUACGAACCCGUAUGUGGCUACGUGAUGAGCCAGCCAAAAUUCUGGCAGUGGUUUGGCGUGGUGCUUCGGUACCCGGUGUUCGAAGUGGCUAACGAUAUCUUUUCAACGAUAAAGUUUUGUCUUACUACUCAUAAACCGAUGGCGCUGGCAUGGCUCGUGGCCAACUACGAUAAGUUUGUCCACCACAUUAACGUGAUGAUCACCGGUCAAAACUACGUGUUUAAACGUAGUGCGAUGAGAUUCAUUCUGACGUUAGUCCAGGAGAGGGCUAACCAGCAAUUCCUCACGCGCUACUUUGAUGACCCUACCAAUUUGAAAGUGGUGAUGAUGAACUUAAAUGAUCAGCUGCGCAAUUUGGGAGUGGAUGCAUUUAAUUUGUUCAAAUACUUUGUGGCUAAGCCGAAGAAGAACCAGAAAGUAUUGGACAUUUUAAUCAGAAAUAAGCACCAGUUCAUCGCGCUAUUCGAUAGAUUCAACCCGCCACAAUCAGACCCAAACUUUGCGGACGAGAUGACCUACGUUAAACGGGAAAUCGCCCACUUGCCCGACAUCGGCGAAAAGCCGCCAGCAUAG